AUGCUGAACCUUUGUUUACCCACAGACAUGACAGACUCUAACAAGAUGAUCCUCAACUUGGCCCUCUUUGGCAUGACUCAAAGUGGAAAAAGUUCUGCUGGGAACAUUCUUCUGGGAAGCACUGAUUUCCACAGCAGCUUUUCUCCAUGUUCUGUAACCAAAGAUUGUUGUCUGGGCCGCAGUUGUCACCUCUGUGGCUUCAUGCGUCGAGGGGGGCAAGAGAUAACCCUGCAGAUCCAGGUCUUGGACACUCCAGGUUAUCCACACAGCAGGCUGAAACAGGAGCAUGUGAAACAGGAAGUCAAGGAGGCUCUGGCACAUCACUUUGGGCAAGAGGGUCUCCAUCUUGCACUGCUGGUCCAGAGAGCAGACGUGCCUCUCUGCGGACAAGAAGCAUCUUCCUCAGUCCAGAUGAUUCAGGAACUUCUGGGACAUGCUUGGAAGAAUUACACUGCCAUUCUUUUCACCCAUGCAGAGAAAAUAGAAGAAGCUGGGCUCACUGAAGAUAAAUACUUGCGUGAGGCCUCCGAUACACUGCUGACCCUGCUAAAUUCUGUUCAGCGCAGAUAUAUUUUCCAGUAUAAAAAAGGAAACUCACUUAAUGAACAAAGAAUAAUAAUCUUAGAAAGAAUCAUGGAAUUUAUAAAAGAAAAUUGUUACCAAGUUCUUACCUUUAAAUAAAAUUUAGAUAAAAGGAAAAGAGCAUCGGGUUUUAGAGUCAGAAACCUUGUUUCAAAAUGCCUCUGUUAGAAUGGAUGAGAACUGUCAGAAUUCCCAUAGGCUGAUGGUUAGAGUGUACAUUGGUAUAACCAAUUUUGGACAACUGUUUGGCAGUUAAGAAGAAUAUAAAGUACUCAAAAUUCCUAACACAAAUCUUAUGACACAGCGACUGCCCUCCUAAGCAUACAUUCAGCAGAAAUGUGUACA